GCGUGCCCCUUCUCUUUCUUCAACAUAUUUGACUUUUUAUUAUUUAAUUCAUGCUUUAUAUGUAUGUGUGUAAAAAAAAAAUAAAACAAGGUUGUCGGAGUCAAUAUCAUCGUCCUUAUUAGAACCUAACAUAUUUAUUUCAUUUAUUUCCUUUUUUUCCUAUUCAUGUCUUCCAUACAAGAGGACGAAAGAGAUAUGACAAAUUAUUUACCGCCUAUACCAGUUUUAAUGAGGAAACCUACUUUAAUUGCCUCUGUUAAGCAAUAUAGAUCAGAAGCACAGGGAGAGCAAUUACAUCAACACAUUGUCUCGGAAUCCUUCAUUCCUAUGGCACCCAAUCAACCAAAACCUCCAAGAAAGAGACGAAGACCACCAUUUUCUUAUUCUUCACUUAUUGCUCAAGCUAUCUUAGCAAGUGAAAAUGAAAGAAUGACGCUACGAGAUAUCUAUAACUGGAUCAUAAACAAGUAUCCAGCCUUAUAUAAUGCUGAUGACACUGGCUGGCAGAAUACGAUUCGACACAAUUUAUCAUUAAAUCGAUGUUUUAAAAAAGUACCCAAAGAUGAAUUAGAUGAACAUAAAGGAAAAGGUGGAUAUUGGACAAUAGAUCCGACCUAUAUGGAAAAGUUUAAAAAUGGUGCAUUUGCAAGGGGUGCAUCAGCUUCAAUGCGUAAAAGACCUGUAUCAUCACCCUCAUCACCUUGCUUACCUGAUACCCCCGUGUCAAUAUCGAUGCCAAAGGAAAACACUGAAUCAACUCAUAAUAAACCAACAAGCGAACCAUGUCAUGUCAUGCAAAUCCAUAAUUUACUAAACUAGUCAAACAUCAACUUCCCUUUGUACAUUUCACCCCCUUCUCUCUUCUUCUUUUCUCCCUUUGAACUUUAUUGUAUAUUAAAGCAUGCUUUUUCUCUUUUUCUCAUUUAAUAAACUUUUUACUAUUUGUAGCACAGGCACUACGACAAUUACACACUGGUUUAUUGGAAUGGAGAU